GACACAACGGAGAGCACUUUUUUUUGGUGAUUGUGGGGACCUUGUGUGGCUCCGAGCAUUUCCCUCCGUCCCGCCGGUUGAGUUUAACGUGUCGGACCAGCGUUGGCCGCCGUCACCUGCUGGACAUUAUUUAUAACCGGCAACAAAAUUGGAUGGGACGCAGACGCACACACGGGCAAGACAAUCCCGGAAAUAACAUGCGUACUCUCAGCCUGUCACGUACGCUCGCUGUGGAUUUGCAUUGCUGUAGGCUGCCGUGCUAUCCUACACAGCCAAAAUGUUUAUAAGACGGAUGCAAACAAAUGUGCAGCUUGAGAGCAUUAAAUGAGAGCAACGGUUGAAAUGAAAGCAAGUAGCCUAGAAGAGGACCUGGAUAUGAAACUUGUAGUGGCUGUGGCAAAGAUCCUCUGCAUCAGAGAAAGCAGUGGCUCAGCUAGAAAAUGAAGAGUGGACGUGAGCUACGUGCGCAUCCAGCAGAUGACGAGAUGAAAUGGAGAGCUUGGGACACACGGACCUUUUAAACCCAAGCUCUUCCCGCGGACAGCAGCUCGUCUCUGGAGCGGCUGAGGUUCAACACACUUGCCGAGCGGACAUGGGGCUUAACGGCUUUUACACGGUGCCGGUCGGGAGUCCAACGGCCGCGGAGUUACUUGCGGGUCUGGCCUCUCAGACCGACUCCCCCGCAAUCACAACCCCGACGAAGCAGUCCAAAACCGGCGUGCCUCUCUACAACGGCGGCGUGGUGUCUCCGUCUGCCACGGUGGAGGGGAGCCACGCGGGCGUUUUGGCUCACACACCAAACGGUCACCCGGCCCCACUGAAGGGGGUGGCGGUGGUGACUGACGGCGCUAAAUACCCCCUCACCAGCAGAGCCUGUUUGGUGGAGAAGAACAGGACAGCUCAUGAGACAGCUCAUGAGAAAUGCCCUUUAGUGAUGAGGAGGAUCAAUGGUGACCUGAAGGCCAGACAGGUACAACAACAGAAACGGAGAGAUGGGAAGAACCGGGACAUUGGGUCAGGAACUCUUAAUGGCCUCAUAAUAGGGUCACCCGGUUUAGAGAGUUCUGUGGACUCGGGUUUUGCUUCUGGAGACUCAGACUUUAAGCGGAGAAGGUUGGCAGAUGGAAGUGUUGCUCACAAAUCUUCAGAGGCCUCCAGAGUGGCCCGAGCUGUCGCUCCGGUCACAGUCAACUGCAGCCACAGUUUCAAUAACAACCAAAUGACAAACAAUCAUGUGCACUGUGUCACUCCCCAAUCUCCCUUCACCCCUCCUGCCCCUCAGACCAACCAGCACAACGGAUAUAAGGUGGCAUCCCUAGGCCCGCCAGUUUCCCCCAGCCAGAACUCCCCCCUUGAGGGUAAGUGCACACCAACUCCACAGCCUUCUGCAGGGUCUGGCUGGUCAGCAGAGCGCAUAGCCCAGCAGUACAUCGUCCCCUGCAUGAAAUACUAUGGCAUCUGUGUGAAGGAUACCUUCCUGGGCUCUCAGCUGGGCGACAGGGUGCUGCAGGAGGUGGAGGUCCUAAACCGCAGCGGGAAAUUUCGUGGCGGGCAGCUGGUGAGCCAGAAGAGCAUUCCCUCACGGAGCAUCCGGGGCGACCAGAUCGCCUGGGUGGAGGGAGGAGAACCUGGGUGCGAGAGCAUCGGGGUGCUGAUGGCUCACAUUGAUGAGGCCGUCAUGUACAGCGCUGCCAAUGGACAGCUGGGGAACUGUGUCAUCAAUGGACGCACUAAGGCAAUGGUUGCCUGUUACCCAGGUAACGGGGCAGGGUACGUCCGCCAUGUUGACAACCCUAAUGGUGAUGGACGUUGCAUCACGUGUAUCUACUAUCUCAACAAGAACUGGGAUGCCAAGACACAAGGUGGGUUGCUGCAGAUCUACCCUGAAGGCAAAAAUGUGGUAGCCAACAUCGAACCUCUGUUUGACCGGCUGCUCAUCUUCUGGUCUGACCGCAGGAACCCACACGAAGUCAAGCCAGCCUACGCCACUCGCUAUGCCAUCACAGUCUGGUACUUUGAUGCCAAAGAGAGAGCUGAGGCUAAAGAGAAGUAUAGAUUGGCAACAGGACAGAAAGGUGUUCAAGUGCCUGUCACUCAAAACAGUAGGACAUAAAUCUCAUCUAAUCACUGGAGAGCACUCCAAAUGCAUUAUGUGCCUUCCUGAACUGCUAAUGGACGUCAUGAUCAUAAAAGGAGACACCAUUAAACUGUCACUCAUCGUUGCAGCUCCGUGCCACUUUUACAGUGUCAGCUGUCAGAUUCACAUCAUGGGCUGUGAUGUAAUGUUUUCCUGCCAUGUGAUUGGGCCGCUGAUCAAAAGACAUUGUAGAUGUAGAGCACAACGGACUGGAUCGCGUGGCAGAGGUGAGAUCCCAAUUACACGUCAUGGCAAAAGAAGAGAGUAACUUUGACGUCUCGCUGAAUCGUGUGUACACAGCAAACUGAAGAAAAUGGUCUCCUUAAUUUUAUUUUGUUGCAGUUUUGCCUGUUCAGUUAUCAGUGAAAUUGUGAUGUAUUGAGAAAUCUUAGUUUUACCCUGCUCUCUAAUUUUCAUUUCAAACAUAAGGAGUAUACAUGAUGAAUCAGUAGACACACAGUGGGGAAAUGGUGCACAGUAGAAAAAAGUGGCGUCAUCCCUGAAAUUCCUUAUUUCCCCUUGUCUCAUGAUGUGGGCACGUAUAUACAUGUGGUCAGUGUAAAGACUGAGGCACAGAAAGGAAAUAGCCUUAGACAAGGCAUCAAGCUGUUGUUGGGCAUGAUACAGUGGAAAGUUGCCAAAUGGCACUCAGUCAGUCAGUCAGUCUUGGCUCAAGCACUAAAUCUAAACAUUACAGGGGUGUUCAAUAUAGCACACUAAGUAGAGUUCAGGAAGUAUUCCAGGAAUGUUAUUUUUUAAUUUUCUGGCCAAGACAAAAACACCUUUUGCAACAGCCUCAAAAUGUUAGUGUGACAAUUAAAUGUCCAUGCUGGAUGAUUUUAUGUGUAUUAUGAUGUGUACUGCUCUUUGUAUGACUGAAAUACACAGCUCACACUUGAGGCAAGAUGUCCAGUUAAUGGGGUCAAAACAGGGUUCGAUGAAUCAGUGUGUUUUUCGUAUUGGAAUGCGUGCGUGCAUGUGUGUUCACUUGCUCAUUAACCUGUAUGCAUAUCUAUCUUGAAGAUAGAAACAGUAUGUAUCACCAGUGUAUACACUGUCAGAGAAACCAUCUGGCCAAACAAACACACACACCUGUCCACUUAAGACCAUUAACAGUAUAAAGCACAGCGUUAGGCACACACUGUAUGGGGACUGCAGGGUCAAACUACUGCCUGCUCAUGUGUGGGAUUGAGUACUUGCACAUGGAUGUGACAAUUUCCACUGUCUCAGUGAGGGUUGCAGACAUUGUCUCGGUGUAUUUAAGAUUGGUUAAAGAGAAGGUUAUUUUAAUUAGCACUUUAUUGCUUGACAUGCCAUAUGUGAAUGAUAGAAAAAAAAUACAACUAAACAUGUAGACUAAUGCCUUUUAUGCUGUGGAUAAUAUGGUCAUUCAAAUGCAAUAGAAACUAAAACAGUGACAACAAAUGGAAAUUGUUUGCCUAUUGUUAUUUUUUAUUUUGGCGUAUUUAAUUAAAACCUGUCUGUUUUUGUACACAAACAUAAUAAUUUUUAAUCAAUUUGCUGGGAAAAACCUUAACUGAUUCCCAGUUUUAUUGAGCUUGGGAGAUGAGACCAAGAGAGCAGCACCAGGAGUAUUUUCAAAAUGAAAUACUAUCAAUCACUUGCUACAUCAAAAUACAGUAACUAAUUGCAGGAAAUACUGUGAAUAUCAGAAACCAAGUGUGUCGUCAAUUUGGAUGUGACAUUAGGCUAAAAUAAACAUUGCUAGCCCUGUAUCAACCACAAAUGAGAUAAUUUUUUAGUCUUACUCUGAAGGAAAGUACACCCACGCUCUUGUGUAAUUAAGAUCUGAUUUAAGAGACAAAAAGCAAAAACAAAUGAAAGCACCAAGUUUUUUUUUUUACCUGAGUAGUGCUGUGCAGUGAAGAGUGACCACUUUUAUGGUUAUAAAUAACCUUUGUGCUUUGUGUGACAAAUGGUGCAGGACACAGGGAGGCAUGUUAAACAUAAUGAUCAAAUACUGGCAUAAAAGAGGAUUUUUUGUUCUGGCUUAAUGACGUGAACUGUUCUUUAAAUGCCUUGAAAAUGUACAUACUGUAUAGUACGCUAUGUAUAGUACAUAUCCAUGAUGUUGAAAACAGAUGUUGAAACCUAUUUUUCAAGGUUAAAACAACUCCGCAGUAUCUGGAAACAGAGAAAGUUAAAUUUGCCCUUCUGACUCACAAUGUAAAUGGUAACUAAGAGCUUGCUUGCUCUGCAUUACAGAGUAAAUGAUUAAAGUCAAACUAUCA